AUGGUCCGAUCACACGCCAAAAACAACACGACCCAGGCCAACCUAACGCACUACGAGCGCUCUCUCCUGCGGCAGGCGGGUGCGGCGCGCAGGCUGGGCAGGGACAGCUUCAAGCCGCUCGACCACUGCAACCUCUGCCUCGUGCGGGUAACCGACCCCGUCGCGUGCUCCCAGGCGCACAUCUACUGCCGCGAGUGUGCACUUAGCUCCCUCAUCACACAAAAAGCGGGCAUCGACGCACAACGGCGCGAGCUCGAGCGCUGGGAGGCCGACGAUGCCCGGCGGCGGUCCGACGCACGCGAGGCGGCGCGCGCGCGUGUCGUCACCGACUUUGAGAAGGGCAUGGGGCUGGGAUCUGUUCGCAAGGCAGGCAGCACAGCAGCGAGCACAGCAACGAGUACCGACCUCGCAGGGGAGAUUGAGCGCCGCCAGCUCGAGGCGGAGGAAAAGGCCGCGGCGGCCAUCGAGGCCGAGGAGUCCGAGGCGCGCAAGGCCAAGAUCGCGGCCUUCUGGCUGCCGAGUCUGACUCCCGAAGCUCCGCUUGGCCCCCUGAAGGCGAUCAAGCUGCAGCCCCUGUGCAGCGUCGGCACGGCGCCACACCCGUUCAGCAGGAAGAGCCUGCUGCCCGUCAUCCUCAACUACCCAGGCGGCAGCGACAAGCCCCACUGUCCCUCCUGCGCCAAGGAGCUGACGAAUUCCUCCGGUGGCGUACUGUUGUCCUCCCGUGAGCCUGGGGGAGGUGGAGACGAGCCGGCGAAGAAGAAGAAGAAGGUCGACGGCAAGAAGGACAAGAAGGAGAAGGAGGCGCCGGCCGUCUGCGGACACGUCGUGUGCAAGACGUGCGCUGAGACUGUCGUCGCGCCGGCGAAAGCGUGCCCCGUCUGCGACGCCGUGGUCGAGGCGGCUGGCAUGCUCCCGCUCGGCAAGGAGGGUACCGGCUUCGCGGCCGCCGGCGGCGCAGAAGUCAAGAAGGCGACAGUCGCAUUCAGGGUUUAAGGUGUAGACUUAGACAUGCAUAGUGUAGCAAACAUGC